GCGCGCGCGUGCGCACGAGCAGUGCCGCGAUGGCGGCGCUGCUGGAGCACGAGAGCCAGAUCUUCCUGGAGCUGUUCCACCGCGACGGGCUCGUCGUGUGCGCCCGCGGGCUCGGCAUCGACCGCCUGCUGCUGCGCUUCCUGCGCCUCUACUGCGAGCCCGCCAGCCUGGUGCUCGUGCUCAACACCAGCCCGGCUGAGGAGGAGUAUUUUAUUGAUCAGCUGAGAUCAGAUGGAGUUGUUCAUCUCCCUCGACGCGUUACCAAUGAAAUUGCAAAUAAUACUCGAUAUGAGUUUUACACACAAGGAGGAGUCAUCUUUGCAACAAGUCGGAUCCUCGUGGUAGAUUUCCUUACUGACAGAAUUCCUGCCAAUCUCAUUACUGGCAUUUUGGUGUACAAAGCACACAGAAUCAUCGAGUCCUGUCAGGAAGCGUUCAUCCUGCGACUUUAUCGCCAGAAGAACAAGCAAGGCUUCAUUAAAGCUUUUACAGAUAAUGCAGUUGCAUUUAACACUGGCUUUUGUCAUGUGGAAAGAGUGAUGAAAAAUCUUUUUGUUGGGAAGCUUUAUCUGUGGCCAAGAUUUCAUAUAGCAGUGCACUCAUUUUUAGAGAAGCAUAAACCUGAAGUGGUGGAAAUACACGUGGCAAUGACCCCUGCCAUGCUUGCUAUCCAGACUGCAAUCCUGGACAUUCUGAAUGCAUGUCUGAAGGAGUUGAAACGUUACAACCCAGCUCUUGAAGUAGAAGAUCUAUCUUUAGAGAAUGCCAUUGCUAAACCUUUUGACAAGACAAUCCGCCAUUAUUUAGAUCCUCUCUGGCAUCAGCUCGGAGCUAAGACAAAGUCUUUGGUCCAGGACUUGAAGAUCCUACGUACUCUGCUACUGUAUCUAACCCAGUAUGAUUGUGUCACUUUUCUUAAUCUCCUGGAGUCACUGAAAGCAAGUGAAAAAGCCUUUGGUGAGAAUUCAGGGUGGCUGUUCCUUGACUCCAGUACUUCGAUGUUUGUGAAUGCUCGAGCUCGAGUUUAUCGCAUUGCAGAUGAGAAACUGAAUCAGAAAGGCAAAGGCUCAGGCUCUGAAAAACGUGAUGUAAAGAAGGAAAAUGAACUGAAAAGGGAAUUGGUUCUAGAAAGUAAUCCAAAAUGGGAAGCUUUGAGAGAAGUACUGAAAGAGAUUGAAAAUGAGAAUAACAACAGUGACAACCUUGGUGGUCCAGGGCAAGUGCUCAUUUGUGCCAGUGAUGACCGAGCCUGUGCACAGCUCAGGGAGUACAUUAUUGCUGGAGCAGAAGCUUUCUUAACAAGACUAUAUAACAAAACCUUCGGAAAGGACGAGAAAGCUGGAGAGCUGUGGAUUAAGGACAGAAAAGCCGUCAAGUCCAAAGGAAAUGCCAAACCAGACACAGGGCCUCAAGCCAAAAAAGCCAAACUGACAGCUUCUUCAAAACAAAAUAAACAGAAGAAGCAGCAGGACCGAACUCUAAUCCAAAUGAUAGGGAAAACUGAGGAGGAAAAGAGAGAGGAGAUUGAGGUGGAAGACAACAAAGAAUUAAGUGGUAGCCAAGAAGGCAACACUCAAGAGUCCAUUCCUGAAGAUUUUGAUUUCAGCUUGCCCUCAGAUUGUUACUAUGGGAUUUUCAAGGACCCACUGACAAUUAUCCACCCGCUGCAGGGCUGUGGGGAUCCCUACGCGCUCACUCGGGUGCUGCACGAAGUAGAACCCAGAUAUGUUGUGUUGUAUGAUGCAGAACUCACUUUUGUUCGGCAGCUGGAAAUCUACAAGGCAAGCAGGCCUGGGAAGCCUUUGAGAGUUUAUUUCCUCAUAUAUGGGGGCUCCACGGAAGAGCAGCGCUACCUCACAGCUCUGAGGAAAGAGAAGGAGGCCUUCGAAAAACUCAUUCGAGAGAAGGCCAGCAUGGUUGUUCCUGAAGAAAGAGAAGGAAGAGAUGAAACAAAUUUAGUCCUCCUCAGAGAUGCUAGACCUGCCUCUGUCUCUGCUGACACACGCAAAGCAGGUGGACAGGAACAGAAAGGUGUUCAGCAAACCAUAAUCGUGGAUAUGCGGGAAUUCCGUAGUGAGCUUCCAUCACUGAUCCAUCGCCGUGGGAUUGACAUUGAGCCCGUGACUUUGGAAGUUGGGGAUUAUAUUCUAACCCCUGACAUCUGUGUGGAGCGGAAGAGCAUCAGCGAUCUGAUUGGUUCCCUAAACAAUGGCAGGCUGUACGCACAGUGUGUGUCCAUGUGCCGCUACUACAAGCGGCCGGUUCUCCUCAUUGAAUUUGAUCCUAACAAAUCCUUCUCCUUGAUCCCACGAGGCUCUUUACAGCCAGAAAUUUCCAGCAAUGAUGUUACUUCUAAACUAACCCUUCUCACACUGCACUUCCCAAAGUUACGAAUCCUGUGGUGUCCCUCUCCCCACGCUACUGCUGAACUCUUUGAAGAGUUGAAACAAAACCAUCCUCAACCCGACGCAGAGACAGCGAUGGCCGUCACCGCAGAUUCCGAAAUUCUCCCCGAGUCAGACAAGUACAACCCUGGGCCUCAGGACUUCCUGCUAAAAAUGCCAGGGGUUAAUGCAAAGAACUGCCGUGCCUUAAUGACCCACGUUAAAAGCAUUGCAGAGCUGGUGACACUGUCCAAGGAUGAGCUAUCCAAGAUUUUGGGUAAUGCUGCCAAUGCCACACAACUCUUCGACUUUAUUCACCUGACCUAUGCAGAGGCACUAGCCAAAGGAAAAAGCAAAAGAUGACUCAUGAGAUUGUUCAACACAGGACAGAUAAGCUUUUCUGGCACAGUACUUGGGCAAAUACAUGAAAUAUUUUAAUAAAUGCCCCCUCUAAGAUAACCAGCUGUUUCUGGCUAAUGCUAUUCCACCAGUUUUAAUAUGUGAGUUAAUUAUUACUAAAGGCAAGUUUCAAGAGGAAAAAAAUAUUUUUAAUAGAGAAAUGUGAAUUAUUUUUAUUCUUUUUAAAGCACUUCAACCAAUUCUAUAAGUGCUUAGACUAACUGAUAAAGGUGUUUUCUUGUGAAAGUUAUGAUGUCUUGUUCAAGCUAAAAAUGUGCUGUGUUUUGAUGAGUCUGGGUGACCUGCUGCAUGAUACAACACUGCUUUUGCCAUUUUUAGUGUGUUACUCUCUGGCAACUGCCACUUUUUGAUUGACAGUAAUGAAGCUAUUUGAAACACGUUGUGGUCUGUGCUCAGACUCCUGAAUUUUAGAACAUGACCAUAAGCCUUUGUCACAGUAAAAUCCAUUUAUAUGCUAUGCUCUACAUUUUGCUUGUUUACCUUACUACCAGUUACACUUUUUACCAUUCCAAAGCCAGUACAGCUCUGUCUUGCUAGAUUUUGCAAAGUGCUUUCCUUUGGUUAACUGGGUAGAGAUUCUGUGGUCCCACAGUGCAACUUAACUUUGAGUGUGCCUUACUUAUACUUUUAAGAGGCUUUGUUUUUCACUCAGUUUUGAUAGCUUUUUCACUUGAUAGUGAAAAAUCUGGGUAUACCAUUGGCACUGUUCCUUUAUACCAAAGAAUAUUUUCUCUUGUAUAAUGCAGUCAUUUUCUAAGCAAGGUUUUCCAAAAGUGUUGAAAGUUCUUCCAAUAUUGUCUUCUUUUGUGUCCUAUUGCUCUUGUAUUUUUAUGUCCCAAAUCAACUAUCUCAAUAAACUCAGUAAAGCCAUUGUCACCUAGAAGAUAAUACUUUUAGCAUUUUGUGUAGCAUAAAAGAGGGAAAAGUUUGUGAAUAUGUGCAUUGUUAAAUUAUAUAUUCUACAUUGAACUUUGAUACAACUGUGUAACAAGCUGCCAUUGCCAAAAGGGUUGGUCCAGUGUUAUUCCAUGCUAAUGUAUUUACAUUUGUUAUUUACAAAACCUUUAUCUAUGACUUGCACAUGUAUUUAUAUGAUUCUAAUGGGAACAGACCAAUAUUAUCUUCUUCAUGAAACACAAAAUAUUUUUUGUGUUCAGGUUUGGUAAAAACUGUACUGUGCACUUUCAGGUAAAAUAUUUAUUGUUCAUUUUAAGUGUGAAUUAUGAAUUGUUAACUUUAAUCUAUGGUUGAGCCAUGACAAAUUUCCAUGGGAACAUUUUUCUGCAGAUGCAAAUUUUAGUAUUAAAUACACCCAUAAUAAGAUUAAAAUUUGUUCAUUAUCUUGUUUUUCAUUUGGUGUAUUGAUAUCAAAACAUUUUUAUUUUUAGUGUGUGGUGUACAAUCCAGAUCUUUGGGUUUCUAUUGCCCUAGAUUCUAAUUUAUUUAAUAUGAGAAGAAGUCUUUCCAUUUUGGCUUUUGCUUAUUCAAACUAAUGUUGUCAGAUGUGCAGAGGGUUGAGAAUACUUGUAAAAUGGUGCUAAGAGAGCUGGAAAUCAGAGUAAGCUCCAGGUGUUCUCUGAGUGCAUGGUCUGUAGAGCCUGAUUCAGAAAAGGGCAGCUGACCAGCCUUUGAGAACAAACAUUGCUUGUGCAAUGGGCAUUAGGGUGCUCCAUGAACUGUGGGUUUGGGGUUUUUCACAGAUGCCUCAGCUCUGUCAGCGAGGUUUGGAGUUUUUGCAUUGAUGUGUAUGGGGUGAAAAUCAAGGGUAUAGUAAUGGGUAAUAAAGCUGUAGCUUUGUGUCGUAUGCUAAAUCAAAGUUUCAUCAUGCAAUUAAAUAAUCAUUUGCUAAGUAUUUUAAUGAAAUUGCCUUUUGCUUAUAUGUGUGGAACUUUUGUAGAGCUUUUUCCUUUUUCUUUCUCUGUGCAGGAUUUGCCUCUUUUCUCUAGAACAGCCACAAGUAUAUGUUGUGGCAUGUUAUUAUUGCUGUUUCACUGUAUUGAGUUCGAUGGCCAAUUAGAGCUGUGUCCUGCUGGGGCAGGAGGUACAGACUGUGCUCCAAGGUGGGAGAGGUCCUGUGUCCUGAAACCACUUAGCCCUGAAAUAACAGAGCCCAAGGCUCUGCCUGAAUGCAGUCACAGCACAGGGUUGGAAUGAUGAAAACCCUGCUUUGACCAACAGUCAUGGAAUUUGUACAUCUUGUCAUUGCUGAUGUUUUAAACUUGUGCCUUUUUAUUAAAAAAGCAAACAUCAACACCCCC